AUGAAGGAGGAGGGCGACUGGAGCAGCGAGAGGCGGCGGCCGCCGCACGGCAGCACCACGUCCGAUGGCCGAUCUGUCAUUCCGGAAUGGGCUUCACUUCCACCGGAGCUCGUCGAAAGAAUCGCCGACUGCGUCCUCUCCACCACCGGCGGCGUCGACGCCUACAUGGACAUGAGAGCGGUCUGCCCCAGCUGGCGCUCCGCCAUCGCCAAGCCAUCUCCGCUCGCCGGAGUCACCGACCUCCGUUUCCGGUCGCGGCAUUGGGUCAUGGUCGACCUGAAAUCCAAGAACCACGACAACGACGCCCGCCUCUUCCUCCACGCCCCCACCGGGCGCUUCCGCCGCCUGCGCCUCCCGGUGCUCCGCGACCACCUAGUUCUCGGCGCAUCUGAUGGGCUCAUUAUUCUCAGGAGCAGGGAGCGCCCGGACUUGACCGGCGUUCGUGUCCUCAACCCCUUGACAGGCGACAUGCUCCAAUUUGCUGCGCCAUUAUGGGAACAUUUAGGGUCUGCUGAUGAAUUUCUUACGGCACUGAGCGGCCCCCCUAGCUUGACGAUGGUCGUGUGGCGGGACUGGGAAUGGAGAUGGCACACAGUUAUACAUGGAGAUCCAACCAGCGCCGAGUUUACCGAGGAGGAAGCUGGAGGAAGCUUGCUGGCUAGCAUGGUUACCUUCCAAGGCAACAUCUACUAUGCCGACACCAAUGGACGCGUAUUCCAGUUUGUCGCACAAGCAGAGCAGUGUGACCAUAAAUUUGUAGUCAUAGCCCAGAUGCCACUACACAUGGACAUACAUUUAGACAGAGGUGACAGCGCACCAUCCUAUCUUGUGGAGUCUGCUGGAGAACUGCUGCUAGUACGCCAUUUUGACGAAACCUUGAAAGUUUUCAGAGUCGACAUCAAGCGCAAGAUGUUGGAGGAGGUGAAAAGCAUUGGCAGCUGCUGUGCGCUGUUCCUUGGCGACGAGAGGUGUGUGUCUGUGGAUGCGGAUAAGCUUCCAUCCAUCGACGGUGACUGCAUAUACAUGUUCAAUUGGGUGGACAUUUCGGAGCAGGUGUAUAGCCUAAGGGACAACAGGAUGGAGCUUAUCUCUAAUGAGCCGAAGCUCCGUGCCAACAAACAUCCCCCAAAAAGUUUUCACGAGGCACCCUGGUUUGAUUCGUGGAGAUUUGAGACUAGUGCCAACAACCAUCAGCUCCGCCCUCUCAGUCUUAUUCAGGUUCUCCUCGACUACUGCAACGACGCUACGCACUUCUAUAAUGUUUAA